GCCUGUUGGAUUGCGAAUGUUUUUAUUUUCUUUCUCGUCAUUUCCCGUUCAUUUCUUUAGCGGCAGUCGCUUGCGAAGUUUAGUUUUUGUAUAUUCAACGAUCAACAGAAGUGUAUCGAAGAUGUCCAUCGAUAUUAAUGCAAUCGGCGCCCAAAAAGUGAAGAGCGUCGCCAAUGGAGAGGUGAAAGAGCUGAAGAGUUUCUGGGAGGACCAAAACGUGGCCGUCAUCUUCUUCCGUCGCUGGGGAUGCAUGUUCUGCAGGCUGUGGGCUAAAGAGCUUGGAGAGAUAGCCCCCAUUCUGUCCAAGCAUAACAUCAAGCUGGUCGGCAUCGGUGUCGAGGAGGCCGGCUCCAAGGAAUUCGUUGACGGGAAAUUCUUCGAUGGAGACCUGUACUACGUAGAGAACAUCGCGACGUACCAGCAACUCGGCUUCAAGCGGUUCAACCUCGUCACGAUCCUCACGUCCCUGCUGUGGAAGCAGUCACGCGAGGCCAUUGCUAAAGGCCGCAGCAUGGGCCUCGGGGGUGAUUUGAAGGGUGAUUGGGUGCAGACAGGUGGGGCACUGAUGAUGGAAAAGGGGGGAAAGGUGCUCCAUCACUUCGCACAGCAAGGGCCGGGGGAGCAUAUGUCCAAUUUGGACAUUUUGAAGACGUUUGGUCUUGAGAACGAGUACAACCCUGAGACGAUGGCUAACAAGAAACCUGAGGAAAGGGGAGAGUGCAAUACAGAGGCUGCGCCCUAAGGAAUGGCUGAGGACACUGGAGCGCCACUCUCUGGCCCCUAUACACACGAUAUGGACAGAGCGGCGUUGCAAGCAUAGCAAGGUGUAGCAGUAUAGUCGACGUGGUGAGGUUCGUUGCUGGUUUCACACGGUAUUUUAGACUUUUGGCUUUGGAAUUUUAAUUAUUUUUUGCUAGAGGUGCCCGCGGUUUUGCCCGCGUGAAAUUAUUGUCACAGAUCGUUAUAAAUUAUAGCCUAUUAUGUUAUUCUGAGUUAUAUUCAAUAUACUGUAAAGUUUGAUCAAAAUCCGUUCCGUAGUUUUCGCGUGAAAGAAUAACAAACAUGCAACCAGAGUCUGGAUUGCAGACAUCCACACAAACUUUAUUAGUACGGCACUUAAACUCACAGGAUUUUGUCUUCCAAAUUAUUACAUUAUCAGUAUGUGGGACACUUAAAAACGUCGCAAAUGUAGCUUGUCCUACUAACUUCGGGACAACAUAUCGAAUGGUGCUGAAAAUGGUGGAAGAAAAUCAGUUAAAAACAUUUUUUUGGUCUAAAAAUCUAAGAAAAGUUAUUUAGUUUUCAAGACCAAAAUGAGGAAUUAUUCUAGAGGAAAUGGUAAUAGUGGGAACUAUGUUCCCAUUACCAUGUAAAGGGUUAACGGUCUUCCGACUACUGUUUGAAACCAGCAACGGAAUUGAAUCGUACUGUUUUUUUUUUAUAUCGUAAGUUUUGUAUUAAUAUUUUGAUGUUUUUAUACAAUUUAUUGAAAUUCUAGCGUUAAUUUAUGGGUGUGGUGAUAUUGGUAGUGUAAGGCUGUGGCUUGAUUGCAAGAGUUCUGUUUAAAUAGGUUACGAUACGAUUAAAACUAACGUCUGAUGUCUCUAUCGACACCAUCAAUAUAAAACAAUAUAAUCUUCUCGUAGUACAUAACCCUGCAGUCAUUAUAGUCUCGAAUAAAUAGACAUAUCAACGCUUGUAGUCAGGCCGCGGCUUUUAUGGACUGAUUAAACUUGGGUAAUAAAAAACUGUGUUAUAUCACCGUUUUUACUAAAUACUUUUUGUCUCUCACUAGUACAGUUAAAACGGAUUAUGUAGAAAAGAGACAGCAUUCGUUCCUGAAUCACUGCUAUAACACAGUUUUCUUUUUUUUAUUAAUAAGUAUUUUUCUUUAAAACCUUGGCCUUAUUUGACACUUGGCCCUAUUUUCCUUUUUAGGUAAGUGUAAAAUUUAAAUUGCCAAGUAUUUUUUCAAAUGGUUGAACCAUUAACGAAAUUAAAUUUAAAUUAAAUUUAAAUUGUUCUUAAUGUUAUUGGGUUUAAAAAUUGUUAUUCCAGUUGCUUUAUUCUUAUAUUGGGGUUAAAAAAUUGUUAUUCGGUAGAAUUAAAAAACGUUAUUUAUAAUAUACAGUUUAUUCUUAAAUGUCUAUAUCGUAUGCUUGUGAUAUGUAAAUUCAAGUUAAUGUGAAACAUAAAUAUAUUUAAUGUUUACAAUUUACUUACUUACUUCGAACAUAUACUUAGUUUAAAACAUUCCAAAAGCGAUUGAUUUAUUUUAUACUUAUUUGUUUUUAUUAUUUUGUAACUGGCAACCACACGAGAGAACAUUUUGUAUACUGGCAACACUGGAUCAUCUUCUGGUCUUAAAUUUCACAGUUACAUCGUUUUCUUUUUUUAAACAAGUAUAAUAUUAAAUCAAUUGAUUCCAUGACAAUAUAUCCUACGUAAUUAAAAUUAUAAUGUAAAUGAUUACAUAACAUUAUGAGCACAACAAGUAAUAAAGGCUUGAUAUUUACAAAA